AUGGGGCUCCAGGAUGUUUUCGCGUCCACUUCUCUUGAGCUCCAGGGCAUUCAUGCCGUCAGUUGGCUUUCACAGGGCAACGCAGUGCGCAGGCUUGUCGCCGUGCUUCCGGCUCUCAUCGUGAUGUUGAAGGAGUGGGACGCGAAGCUGUAUGCUCUCGUGACAAGUUACAGGUUUCAUUUUCUUCUUUUCUUCAUUGCUGAUGUGCUUGAGCAGCUCAACAUCCUGAACAGGGCGUUCCAGCACAAGAGCGUGCAUGCGCAGAUCAAGCGCACAACGUCCCACAUCGAGAGCCGCUAUGUUGAUUGCGGCGACGACUUCGGUGGCGGCGUCAGCGAGCUGCUGCCCCCCUUCAUCGCGCGCCAUGGGCCAGGGGGAAAUCGGGAGGUGAAAGUCGAAGGGAUUGACUCGGACGGCCGACCUGCGCGCUUCACCUUCAGGCUGCACGAGGACGAGCUUGAGGAGUUCGAAGGGCUCGGGACUCACGAUGGUUGCGUCGACAUCUGCACGGAGUUCGCCGAGGUGAUUGUCCACCAACUGGAGCAUCGGCUUGGCGACCUGGAUGGCAUGUCCAAGGCAAAGCUUUUCAUGCCCGACGAGUACCCACUGGAUCGAGAAGAGAGGAACCGCAGGUGUCUUGAGUGGCUUCAAUCCCUUGUGACGUUGUUGGCCGACCUGACAGAAGAGAUCCUGCCAGCCCAGGUGGGAUGA